CACACACACACUGACACACACGCAGCAGGCACUCACAGUCUCAGCACCACUUAGUUUGAUACGGGCAGUGAGUGAAGGAGGGUGUGCGCGCGGGCCGGAGAAAGCAAGGAUACCGAGGUUAGCAGGAAUUAGGAGGACCACGACCACCACCACCACCACCAAUACUCUUGUCUGUCCCGACCCACUCACCUCCUCCCGUCUCAUCUUCACCCUGCCCAUCUCCACCUAUCUCCGCCCCGACCCGCCCACCCAGCAGUUGUGGGUGCAGGUGCCAUGUGGAGACGCUGAGGACUUCACCAUCACCACCACCACCACCACUAUCACCACCACCUCAGUAAGCGCACCAGCCUAAGCAGCAGUGAUGGGCGAAGUAGGCGUGUCACAGAGACCCCUCAAGGUGACAGUGGUGGGUGACGGCACGGUGGGCAAGACGUGCCUUCUCAUCUCCUACACUAGCGGCGAGUUUCCUGAGGAGUACGUGCCCACAGUGUUUGAUAACUUCGCGGGCAAGCACACAGUGGAUGGGCGCGCCUAUGCCCUUAUGCUCUGGGACACCGCUGGCCAGGAGGAAUAUGAGAGACUGCGCCCUCUGUCCUAUCCGGGGACACAUGUAUUCAUUGUGUGCUUCGCUUUGGACAACCGAGCAAGUUUUGAGAAUGUGUCCUCCAAAUGGCUUCCAGAACUCCAGCAGCAUUGCCCUAAGGCUCCAAUAGUACUAGUUGGCACUAAGAUGGAUGUGAGGAACCUGGACGUGUUGACUCCACGUGAUGGCAAGAAGUUAGUGAAACGGCACCGCCUCUCCAAGUACGUGGAGUGCUCAGCCAAGAGUCAGGAGGGGCUGCAGGAAGUGUUCACCAGUGCUGUGAUGGCUGCAGUGGGUCUCGGCCCACGCCCUCGACCCUGCGUCAUCAUGUAGCGCCUCCUGUGUGGCAAGGAGAGGGUGUGGGUUAUGAGAGGAAGGAGUGGCAAAGAGUGAAUGUAGCAUCUUCUAUUCAGUGAAGAGUGACUGCAGGCCUGAGUGUGAGUGUAGUAUAUCUCACACUGCACUACUCCUGGUUUUGUAGACUUUUAAAUGGAGAGGAGUGGUGAGAAGUGAGUGUAGGCCUGAGUUUUCUGUAUCUCACACUCCUCCUUCUGUAGACUUUUAAAGGGGAGAGGAGUAGCAAGGAAUGAGUAUAGCACCUUCUAUAUCUCACACUACUCCUGGCUUUGUAGACCUUUCAGUAGUGGUGAGGAGGGAGUGUAAGAUUGAGAGUGGACCUGAGAGCAAGCCUGAGUGUAGCGCCUUCUGUAUCUCACACCAGUCUCUAUUUUGUGUACUCUAAUGAAGAGCGGCAGCAGUAGGUGUGAGCCUUAGAGCAGGGGAUGAGACAGUCAAUCAGUCAGUCAGUCAGUUAGUCAGUCAGUCUUCAAACACUCAGACUUCCAUCUCAUUUAAAUCCUCCAAGGGAAGAUGUCUGAGUGAUAUGAAGGAGUAGGUACAGCUUCCCCUUUAGAAAUAUAGAUAUCUAGAACAGACUACAAGAAGAGAUGAUGUAGGUGAAGAGAUUACAUCAAAUGGAAAGAAAACAUAGAUAUUUGGACAAGACUAGAAGGGAUGAUAAAAGUGAGAUUAAGUACCUAGACUAAAGGAAAAUAUAAAUAGCUGGACUAGACUAGAAGAGAAGAAGAUAAAGGCAGGGUAGUUAAAUCAACUGGAGAACAAAUUGGAGAAAUAUAGAUAUGGAAACAGGGCCAAAUUAGUGUAGCACUCUCCAUGUAUACUACACACACACACACACACACACACACACACACACACAUGUGAAAGAGAGAGAGAGAGAGAGAGAGAGAGAGAGAGAGAGAGAGAGAGAGAGAGAGAGAGAGAGAGAGAGAGAGAGAGAGAGUUAUUAUUUCAGUUUACAACUAUGAAACCUAAACCUAAAGAUUAGGCAGUAUGAGCUCUGAGCUCUUUCCAUAGGGGGGAUGGCUGGCUGUCUCGAGAGAGACCAGCAGCAGACUGUGCAAUGAAUACACACACACACACACACACACACACACACACACACACACACACACACACACAUACAUACACAUGUGAGAGAGAGAGAGAGAGAGAGAGAGAGAGAGAGAGAGAGAGAGAGAGAGAGAGAGAGAGAGAGAGAGAGAGAGAGAGAGAGAGAGUUAUGAUUUCAGUUUACAAAUAUGAAACAAUAAAGGAGAAGGGUAGAUAUUGAGGAAAAGGAGAAGAAGGGGGGGAAGAGGAGAAGGCUGCCUGACUUGAAAGGAGGAGGAGGAGGAGGAAAAGGAUGAGGAGGAGGAAGAGGAAGCUGCCAGACUGUUUUACCUAGAAAUAUGAAACAAAAAGGAAAAAGGAAGAGAAGGAAGAGAGGACUGUUUGACUGCUCUAUCCAGGCCCACUGCUGCUACUGCUGCUAUUACUGCUGGUGCCUGCUGGUGCCUGUUAAAGAUACAUAGUUUUCUUGGUGCCUCAAGGAUGAAGGUAGAAGAUGGAAGGCAAAAAAACACAAGCAUAUCUUUGUAAUAUUUAAAUGUUACAUAAUCUUUUGUUAUUGUAGGAAACUCAUGCGUUUUCCAAUUAGUUUGUUAUCCAGUGUGGCCAAAAUUAUAUUAUUAUCAUUAUUUUUGUUAUUAUUAUUAUUCUAAUUAUUAUUAUUAUGGCUUUUACUAUUGGAUCAUUAACUGUUCAUUGUAAGUUAAUGAAAAAUAUAUUAAUAAGAAUAAUAAUAAUAAUAAUCAUAAUGAUCAUAUAAUUUUGGUCAUAUUAUAAUACGAUGUAUAUAUAAAUAAUGUGAUGGUUUUUAUGUAAGAUAAAUUAUUAUUUGAAGUGUUUGAACAUGUUAUAGAUGUACAAUUGCAGUGGAACCAAAAUUAUAGUUAUUAUUAUUACUUGUAUUAUUAGACAAUUAUCUUUGUUUUAUCAUGUUUAUCUGUACCUGGCAAAUUUUAGGAGAGGGAGAAAGAAAAUAUAAUUAUUAGAGUAACAAUCCAGUAAAGUAAUAAUAAUAACAGUAAUAAUAAUAAUAAUGAUAAAAAUCUAGCUAUCCAUCUAUAUACCAGAUCGGCAAUCCCACAUAGGGCAGCCCAGACAAAGUACCACACACUCGCACACCCAUCAUUCACACUCUUAGCCCCGUCUCAUGGACCAACCUACUACAUCCCAGGAGCUUAAGCAUAGCACAGCUGGCCACACACAUCCAUAGCAAGGCCCCACAGCACACCCUGGCUUGCCCCUGCCCCUUCAUAAUGAAACCACUUACUACUCUGCACUUACUCCAGUAAUAUAAUUUUGGUUGCACUACAAAAGAAAUAGUUUUUGAUUUUCCCUGUUCACUUAAAUGCUCAAACUAAAUAAGUCUCAUUGCCUUCUACUUAAUGAUAGAUGACAUUUGCAAUGAAAAUGCAAAUAAAAAAAAAAUCUUCCCUCAAUAAAUGUGAUGAAAGAAAGCCAAAUUAUAUAUAUAUGAAGACUUAGACUGUAAGUAUUUUGCACAUAGACAUAUAGAUUUGUUAUUCAGGGAAGCAAUUGUGUUUUCAGUCUAUUAAUUAUCAUCAUUAUUGUUACUAUGGUCACUAUAUACAGUAGAACACUUGGGUAUUAAUAUGGGAUGAUCUGUCAUGUUUUUGAUGUACCGUUAAGUGUUUGUAGUAUAUCAUUGGUGUUUCACAAGCCACACAGCAACGGUUGAUGUAUAUUUUGUUGUCAUUCAUUACCCACAAUUCUUCCACAGUGUGUUUGCAUUCACUCAGCAGGAAAAGGAAUGAAGGAAGCAAAGAAAUGAUUAAGUAAAUAAUAUCAACACCAUCUUGUAUAUAUAUUUUUUUUUCUGAUGUUUCAAAAAAGGUUAUGGUGAAAUUUAUGUAUAUUAUUUUUGUUUUCUGGUGUGAUAAUUCCAGAGCUCUUUCAUAUCUCAUUGUUCUAGUGUUUGUUUUUUAUUUUUUUUUAUGUGAAAGAAAGACAAGAAUGAAAGAGAAUAAAAACAAAGGGAAGGAGAAUAUGAAGAAAUAAUAAUAUUUAAAAACUGGAGGAAUAUGUGAUGAAAUAAAAAAAAUUAACUGAAGGAAGAACUAAAGGAAUUAAUAGAAAAAAAAAUGUGAUGAUAACAAAAAUAAAAGAAGGCCAAGAAAAAAGGGAAACUUAACUCAAGGAAAUUAUAUAUAUAUAUAUAUAUAUAUAUAUAUAUAUAUAUAUAUAUAUAUAUAUAUAUAUAUAUAUAUAUAUAUAUAUAUAUAUAUAUAUAUAUAUAUAUAUAUAUAUAUAUAUAUAUAUAUAUAUAUAUAUAUAUACAUAUAUAUUAAAGAAUAUGUCAAAUAGAAGGAAAAGGAAAAUAGUAAUGAAUACUUAAGAAAAAUAAGAGAAUGUGAAUACGAAAGAGAUAAAUAAAAGCAGGAAAAAAAGAUCAGAAAAGCUAGAUAUAAUCAAGAAAAAAAAAAAACAUAACAAAAUAAAGUAGAAUAGAUAAUGAAAAAAACAGACAGGAUGCAGAUUUUAAGCAACAAAACAUCUGAAUAUGACAAGAUGGUGUUAAAAUUAAAGCUGUAUUCAUUCUUUUCCUACUGAAGAUUACAUUAUAGAAGGAAUUAUUGUAUUCUUAUCUGUUUGUUGUUAAUAAUCUAAAAAAAAAAGUGUUAUUUAGAAUGUUACUGCAAUUCUUUUCUUUGCUGGGACAGAGAGAAGGGGAUCAGUAAGGCAGAGAUAUGACUGGGACAGAGAGGGACAUGGCUGGGGCAGAGAGGCAUAGUAGAGGACAAAGAUGUAUGGAACAGAGGCAUAGAUGAGAUGGUUACAUAGCUAGGACAGAGAGAAGAGCAUAGCUGGGGCAGAGAUAUAGCUAGAACAGAGAUGCAGCUGAGACUGACACAGAACUCAAUUCUAGCUGACAAAUUCCAUGUUUGGAAAUAUUUAAUUUAAAUCACAUUCUUGUAAGGGAUAAUUCAGAUGACAUAUGAAGGAGAUCUGGAAUCUUGGCCUUUCUCCUUCCAGCCUCAAGAAAUCUUUCAUCAGUAUCACCCAGUAUAAAAAAAGCACUUUGAAUUCCUGUUAAACUGACAUGAGACUUGAAGAGAUUAAUGUGAUGAGAAUAGAUUAAUAGGUAGUCAAGUGUUGUAGUUACUUAUCAGUUGCUUUAAACUAAGAUAUGAUGCAUAUUGAAUGGGUUAAGAUAGAGAUGAAUGUAAUGAUAAUAGAUUAAUAGGUAGUGAAGCAUUGCAGUGUUACUUAUCAGUCACUUCAGGCUAAGAUAUGUCAAGUAUUGAAUGAGUCAGGAUAGAGAGAAUGUAAUGAUAACAGAUUAAUAGGUAGUAAAAUGUUAUAGCGUUAUGUAUCAACCACUUCAAGCUAAGAUAAAUGUAUGUCCACAAAGAAGCCUUACCAUAAUGUGUGACUUGUAGGUACUCAUAGUAAAUCUAAAAAAUGCAAUUAGCUAGCCAUUGUAGUGCUUUCAUGACCUGCUCUCAACUCCUUGACUGCUUCUGGCACUGUGGCACUUGGUGGGUUGGCAGAGUAACAAUAGACAACUUGAAGGAGUGGAAAUGAAGCUAUAGACACUGAAAGAUUUGAAAUACCCCAUCCACUCACUCACUCUCUUGUUAGCAGUACAUGUCUUUCAAAAUCAUACUCCAUAGAAUUAUUUUUUUUCAGUUCUGUUAAAAGAUUUGAACCACUGCAGCAUUCACUCAUCUUCCUUGAUGUGGUGUGUGUCUUUCAAAAUUACGCUCUAAAUUUAUACUAUGAUGUUUUAUCAAGCUUGAGAAGUUGUGCAUUAAAAAAUGACUUAAUUUUGAACUAUUACUGAAUUCACUCCUUUUGCUGUCAGUGGUGUGUCUUUCAAAAAUAACUAUUCUAGCACCAUAACAUUUGAUCACACUUGUGAGCAUCAAAGACCAAAAACUCUAAUGUAGCAUUCACUCCUCCUAUUGUCAGUGGUGCUUGUCUCUCAAAAAAAUAAUUGUAUUUAUUCUUUCACCACAACAUCUGACUAAGCUUGAGGAAGAGCUGCAGCAGUCAGGGAGUUGUGAUGUAGACUCAGAGAGAGACCUCUGGACAAACUGAACAAGAUGAGUCAUUUGAUGUGAAGUGAUGAUGGAGUUUAUGAGAUUGAAGUGCAUAUUGGAAGUGCCUUACUAAAACACCACAUUAAUGUACUGUAUAUAUAAAGUAGUAACAUUUAUACAAAGCAUCACAUGCUGAAGUGAUACACAGACACACUAGAUAGGCGAUGUUCUCAAAGAGAUGUGAAGGUCACUGACUCUGAGCUUGACUAGGGUGGGUUAGGUCAGGUCAGGUCACCACUCUAUCUAUUUGUUAAUCUAUUGGUUUAUCCAUAUCACUAUGAGAACAAAUAGCAGGAUUGAUUGAUUUAAAAAUUAGGCACCACACCAUCAUGGUCAUAUGGUGGUGCUGCCAAAUUAUAGAAAAAAAAAAAAAAAUUCUGGUAUGAUAAAAUAAUAGUAAUGCAAAAUGUUAGGAUCUAAAAUUGUAGUAAUACAAACUGUUAGAAGCAAGUAAAACUGUAAUACUGUAAUAAAAGAUAUGAAUAGUAACAAUGUACACAGACAUGAAACUUUUGCAGAGGAUUGACCCCCGUGACACAGUAAUGGCAUUUGUCUUCAGUGGUAUGCUUGUCACCUGCCCAGUGCUGCCAGAUUCAAGUCACUGCAGCCCAUGAGUUGAGGCAUAAAUUACUAGAAAGUGUAGUGACCCUUGCUUAUUGUGGCUUGGUGUUGCCAGGUUAGCAGGUCAACAUGCACAGCAUAGUAAGGGGGUUGAGUCUGGCACCAGGUAUUGCUACAAGCCUAUGAUCUAUAAGUAAACACAUCUAACUUAACUGUAACUUAGACUAACCCAACCCAAGCACAGCAGGGGUCACUGAUCUUCAACUGAUGCAAUAAAGGACUUGAAGUGUUAAGUUGUACUCAGUUUACAAUCCAGGGAGGGAGUUCCUCUGGGCAUAUCCUCCCUGGCCUUCCAUUGGCUCACCACGGCCAAUAGAAGGGAUGCACUUUACACAAUUUGCAGCAUUUCAUAAUGCAGGAGACCAUAAAAAGAAUCACUUACAUUUUCAGAAUUUGUAUCAGGCAUUGUAUAUAAGUUGAUGGAAAAUAUUUAUGAUCAGUGUGUGUAAGGAAUAUGACUAUUAUUAUUACUACUAUUAUUAUUAUUAUUAUUAUGUUUACCUUGCCUUGUUACAAAAUUUAAGACAAUUUAUGAAUUUGAAUCCUUCUUAUUAUUUUUUUUUCCCAUGUAUAUUUUAUAUGGAGUGUAUUUGGUGGGUGUGGCAGGCAUUAAGUGUACCUGUGUGUGUGUGUGUGUGUGUGUGUGUGUGUGUGUGUGUGUGUGUGUAUUAGCAGGGUGUACUGUGCAGUGUAGAGGAGAAACUCUGUUGUAUAUAAGGAACAGUACUAAAUCAAUAAAGAAUUGUUGCAAUAUAAA